GCCCCCCCUCCCUCUCCCCCCUAGAAGUCACCAAUCUGUCUCGGAGCCAUCAAACAGAGCAAUUCCUCAGCAAUUUUGAACUGGGUUUGUGUCAGAAUGAAUGAGAAAGACGAACUGAUUCUUCUAAAUUCGUGGGCAAGCCCUUUUGGGGCAAGGGUCAGGAUUGCCAUGGCAGAGAAGGGCAUCAACCAGUACGAGCUCAGGGAAGAAGAUUUGUUCAGCAUGAGCCCUCUGUUGUUGAAGAUGAACCCAGUUCACAGGAAGGUCCCUGUUCUGAUUCAUAAUGGAAAGCCCAUUUGUGAAUCCAUGAAUAUAGUUCAGUACAUCGAUGAAGUAGCAGUCUUCAAUGGAAAGCCUGCCUUGUUGCCCCCGGAUCCUUACAGCAGAUCCAAAGCCAGAUUUUGGGCUGAUUUCAUUGACCAGAAGGUUUAUGGCACAAUGAGGAAGAUAACAAGGAACAGAGGGGAAGAACAGGUGAGAGCCAAGGAAGAGCUGAUAGAGACACUCAAGGUGCUGGAAAGAGAGCUUGGGGAGAAGCCUUAUUUUGGAGGGGAAUUUGGGUUUGUGGAUAUUGCACUUGUGCCCUUUCACAGCAGGUUUUAUGCAGUUGAGACCCUGGGGAAUUUCAGCAUAGAAGCAGAGUGCCCAAAGCUGGUGGCAUGGGCUAGAAGGUGCUUGCUGAAGGAGACUGUGUCCAACUCCCUUCCAGACCCUCUCAAAGUCUAUGAGUGGGUUUUAUAUGUCAAUGACAAAUUGGGAAUUAAACAAUUUUGAUAUUAGUUAUUCAGAUUUUUUAAAAAAUAAGAACAUCGAUAGAAAUGAUCCGGGAAUCAAAAUUCAUAUAACUAUUUCAAAAUAGCGGGAUAAGAGUUAGUUCAGUAGUAGUUAUUUUUUCUUUUUGCUUGAAGCAUUUUUUGCUUGAUUUAUCUUUGUUUCAUAAGUGUGCUUAUUAGUUUUUAAUAUAUUCAAAAUAUCUUAAUUAUACUUUGUGAA